CCAUUCAUGAAAAGUGUGACGUGAGCGGGUCUUCAGCCGCCCACUCACUUCCCCGGUGCUGCAGGAGUUAGAGGAAUGCCCGUUGAUCUCCGUCUCUCUCUCUCUCCACGCUCUUCUGGCCGUUUCCUUUGCUCCGUCUUCACCGCCGGUUCAUCCUCUCUCCACCUGGCUUUAAAAAAAAAAAUCCCCCCAAAAAUUCCUUCUUCUGUUUUUUCUCCAUCGCCGCCUCAGAGCUGAGCGAGGACCAUGAAUCUGAGCCCGGUCUGCUGUGAUAUUAAACAUUCCGAAGACCAACCCGUGCGUUAGGACGCUCCCCACUCGUUAUCUCUGGGUGUCCCGUGCACAUGCACGACACCAUGGGUAGCUCCCCAGAGGUGCUCUCGUGGACUUCCUGCCCCAGUCUGCUGGUGGGCAAGCUGAAGGAGGAGCUCAAGCUCUCCGGGGCUGUGGACACCGUGAAGAAGUCAAACUCGCCCGACCCCCAACCUCCGCCUCCUCAGGCCCCUCCGUCCAGCUCGCCGCCUCAGAUCAUCACAGACCUCGCGCCGCCGUUACACCUGCCCGUCCCCGCGCGGACCCCCGCCAGGGACGAGGACUCGGCGCUGGGGGGUAUAAGUCCCCCAAACGUAGCCCUGAGUGUGGACUCGACGCGGAGCGAGGGCAGGCACUUUGACAACAGCGUGCUGCAGCUGCAGGAGCACGAGCAGGAGGAAGCGGGAUCGCCGGCCUCCUGUGAGCACGGCGGGUGCGGCAGCGGGAUGGAGGAGCAGACGGGGGAGGGCGAUUGUCCCGUGGACCACAGUGGAGAAGGGAAGCAGAACAACCACCAUCACCACCAUCACCACCACCACCACCCCGACGACAUCAAGCUGCACUUCCAGAGGGCGGGGCCCGGGUCGGGUGGCUUCUUAGAGGGGCUGUUCGGUUGCCUUCGGCCCGUGUGGAACAUCAUCGGGAAGACGUACUCAACUGAAUACAAGCUCCAGCAGCAAGACACGUGGGAGGUUCCAUUCGAGGAGAUCUCUGAGUUGCAGUGGUUGGGCAGCGGUGCACAGGGAGCCGUCUUCUUGGGAAAGUUCCGCUCUGAGGAGGUGGCCAUCAAGAAGGUGCGUGAGCAGAAGGAGACGGACAUUAAACCCCUGCGAAAACUCAAGCAUCCCAAUAUCAUCAGCUUCAAGGGGGUGUGCACCCAGGCGCCUUGUUACUGCAUCAUCAUGGAGUACUGUGCGCAGGGCCAGCUGUACGAGGUGCUGAGGGCGGGGAGGAAAGUGACUCCCAGGAUGCUGGUGGACUGGGCCACAGGCAUCGCCAGCGGCAUGAACUACCUUCACCUGCACAAGAUCAUCCACAGGGAUCUCAAGUCUCCCAAUGUUUUGGUCACCUCCAACGACACCGUGAAAAUCUCCGACUUUGGAACGUCCAAAGAGCUCAGUGACAAAAGUACAAAGAUGUCCUUUGCGGGUACAGUGGCCUGGAUGGCCCCGGAAGUCAUAAGAAACGAGCCCGUGUCUGAAAAAGUAGACAUCUGGUCAUUUGGAGUUGUGUUGUGGGAACUUCUGACCGGAGAGAUUCCCUACAAAGAUGUGGACUCCUCGGCCAUCAUUUGGGGUGUUGGCAGCAACAGUCUUCACCUCCCGGUCCCCUCGACCUGCCCGGACGGCUUCAAAAUCCUCAUGAAACAAACAUGGCAGAGCAAGCCCAGGAAUAGGCCUUCAUUUCGUCAGAUCCUCCUACACCUCGACAUCGCCUCUGCUGAUGUCUUAGGAGCUCCUCAGGAGACCUACUUCAAGUCUCAGUCAGAAUGGAGAGAGGAAGUGAAGAAACAUUUUGAGAAGAUCAAAAGUGAAGGCACCUGUAUCCACAGGCUGGACGAGGAGCUGAUCCGACGCAGGCGGGAUGAACUCAGGCACGCUCUGGACAUCCGGGAGCACUAUGAGAGGAAACUGGAGAGAGCCAACAACCUCUACAUGGAGCUCAGUGCCAUCAUGCUGCAGCUGGAGGUCCGAGAGAAGGACCUAAUGAAGCGAGAGCAAACCGUGGAGAAGAAAUAUCCAGGGACCUACAAGCGACACCUCGUCAGACCCAUUGUCAGGACCAACGCUGUAGAGAAGCUCAUCAAGAAGAAAGGAAGCAUGUCCCACAAACCAGGGAUGCCCCCCACUAAAAGACCGGACCUGCUUCGUUCCGAUGGCAUCCCCAGCCUCGACCCACUCCCCUCCCCUCUAUCGGCCAGCCCCAAGCUCUCCACGCCUCCCGGAAAGGCCCGCCACCGCAGCAAGCCGCGCCACCGCCGGGCCAACAGCAAAGGAAGCCACGGCGAGUUCUCCGGGCUGCUGAGGCCUCUCGCCGCGGCAUUGGAAGACACCCAGUCCCUCCAGGAGCAGCCGUUUCUCCUCCACCAACACCACCACCACCCGCAGACCGAGGCGCCGUUCCUCCCCUUAAAGGGCCGGGAGCAGGCCGUCGUAAACUGUGCCAACAACCUGCGCUACUUCGGCCCCGCCGCUCCGCUGCGUAGCCCUCAGACGGACCACCUCCAGCGACGCGUUUCUGAACCCAGCCCCGACCUCAUUUCCACCGCUGUGGAUGCGGACACGCGACUGCGCACGUCGCCCGCCGGCCCCGACCCGGUUCCCGGUGCCGGCGCUGGCACUUUGUGUCCCUGCUGCCAGGCUCACCCCUUCCCUGGCUGCCUACACUGCCAGGAGACCCCACCUGCGUCAAGCCAUCCGGAGUUGCCCCACUACUCCCUACUCAACACCCAGGAAGGCACUGCGUCUUCUCUCGGGGCUCCGGGCAAAGAUGCAGCCUCGGACGGAGAGGCCACAAAGAAGGCUCAGCCACAAGAACAACAGGCGUCCCAGCGCGCUCACACCCUGCUCACUGCACUGCCCCGCACUCUCAGGCCCCUCAGGAAGGGUGGCGACGAGUCAUCUGAAGAGGAAGAGGGGGAGGUGGAUAGUGAAGUGGAGUUUCCGAGGAGACAAAGACCUCAUCGCUGUAUGAGCAGCUUCCAGUCCUACUCCACCUUCAGCUCGGAGAACCUGUCGGUGUCUGACGGAGAGGAGGGAAACACCAGUGACCACUCCCACAGCGGGCCCCUGGAGAGGCUGAGCGCCAGUCAGGAGGAACAUCUGGACGAGCUGCUGUCUCACACGCCGGAAAUCCCCAUCGACAUCUCCACCCAGUCAGACGGCCUCUCCGACAAGGAGUGCGCGGUGCGCAGGGUGAAGACCCAGAUCUCUCUGGGGAAACUGUGCUCCGACGAACACAGCUACGAGAAUCCACUGCAGUUUGGGGAUUCAGACGGCGAUACGUCGGAGGCGGAGUGCUCCGAUGCCACCAUCAGAAACAACAAAGUCGGGGCCCCUUCCUCCUGGUGAAACCCAACCACAGGGCUGCGUUCAGUUUUUGCCUGGAGGCCAUCGUGUCCCACUCAGCCUUGCAGAAAACCCAGCAAUAAGAGGACGACAUCGUAUACAAAGCUCCUUAUAGCAAACCCCUCCACGCAAUCUCUCCCAGAACCACGCUUCCCUCCGUGAUCCCUCAUUUCCCAUCCUCUCUUGCACAGCAUCCAGGCAACACAUGGCAGGGAUUCCCUUUUGAAUGAUAAUGUACAGUAGAUCGUGGAACAUUCAUAAUUUAUUUUUGUCUGCGUUUCAAAAUCUGAAACGUCUCUGAUCAUUCAGAGAAAAGGAAAAAAACCUUUUUAAACUGAGCAAUCGUGUGUUGUGAGGACGACGAUGAUGCGAAGGAUGAUGAGAUGAGGUGUGAUUUAUAUCGCUGUGAUAUUCGUUUUUUCAGGUGACUGACGCAGACGAGAAGUGUCACUACAAGCCUUUCGAUCAUUGCUGCCAGCAUCUCAUUGUUUUAGACUGAAACCCACAAGGAACCCCCCCACCCCCCCUUUUACUAAAAUAAUUUCAUCAUGAGUUUACAGCACAGAUCCCUGUUACCCCACCUCCACCCCUCUGAUCCCUCCGCUCCCCCCCCCCAUUGGAGAGUGGGGAACGAUCGCUUUUCAAUACAGUUUGAACACCAGCAUGAGCAACUUGCCUCGCAACCGGACACUCUUCCUUUCUAAAUAAAUAAAUAAAAACCCAACGUGUGUCUAGUCGGUCGUCAGGAUCCCCGCUGAACUGUCAAAGCAUGCCGGCGCAGAUUGCAAAAUGCAAACGCUGCCAGAAGACUGCAUGAAGCGGACGAGUUGGCAGAGCAACGGAGACGAGGACUGACAACUAAAACAAGAUACAAAAACACCGGGAAAAAAGAGACUUUUCCUCUGCUCAUCCUUCUCCGAGACACGGCAACGUCAUUGUCAUCACCAAUCAGAUGUGAAGACCGGAGUUGUUGAGGGAGUUGUGCGUGUGUGUGUGUGUGUGUGUGCGUGUGUGUGUGUGUGUUUGGGCGUCUGUGAGAAAACGGCCCUUUCCUUUCCAUUCAUCGUCAGUUUCGGGUCUCAUCUCAGGAUUGUUCCAGGUCUGAGAAACUGGACUGGACCAACUAGUAUGGACCAUACAGGAAUAUAAAACGAGUCUUACAGACAGCCUCGAUGUUCAACCCUGUGUUGCUGUAACUGACAUUAAUCUUAUGUCGAGACGUAGAGCGUCAAGGUGCAGUACCCCAUUUUCUUGAAACCACCAUCAUUUCCAUUUUCCAGCAGUGUCAUCUGUACUGGCUGAUACACGAUGUCCAAAAAUAAAAAUAAUUGUUUGUGGUCUUGUGAAUAAAACUGCAAUAUGCAGGUUGGCGCUCAGGUGAGAAAGAAGUUCCUUGCUCGGGAUCUGCGGCGUCUAGCUGGCUAGACACAAAACAGUGAGCGGUGGCUGUCGGUGAGCAGCAAGUGUUUAGCAGCUUGUUAUAAAUGCUAUAUUCUAAAUGUUCAUUAAUUGGCCUUUGGAGGUGUUUGAUGCUCAGGUUUUAUGUCACUGAUUGGAAGUAUGAGCAAUAUAUCAACCAUUUUACUUUUUAUUCCUGCCAAGGUAAUUUAUCUGGAAAUCCAAAUCCUAAAAGACCCAGCAAUAUAACCAUAAUUUUUCUUGUUGUCUUUGAAAGGGGAUACUGCACCGCUGAGAGCUUUAUAUUUAUCCCUAUGAGUGUUAGUCAUCCACCAGAUCGUGCGGUUGAAUAAUAGUCAGCCAAGGUUGAAUUUAACAACAAUGAUGUCACAUCGUCCGCUUACAUGUUCCCCGGCGGCUGAGAUUCUGAGUUAGGAAUAAAAGCCAGAGACGAGGCCACAGAGCAAUAAAGACGCUCUUGGUUUUCAACAACCUCAUCUCAGUGUAUGUUACUCCUGUAUAUCGGCGUCUAUCAUCUGUUAAUGUGAUCUGUUUUUCCCUAUAACGUCUAGUUGAAAAUGAGCAGGAAAUCAUCUGUAUCGCGUCAGUAUUGGGCACUGCAGGAGGGUGCAUGAGCAGCACAAGGUGGAUCUAAAACUGUACUAAUGGAUCAAUUACCUUUUGCUUGAAAGCUUUGGAAAUAAUCACACCUGAUACAGAACGCAGCUGCUGCUUUCCUCGAGCCUCCUUCCACCUCCUCCCUCCGUUUACGUUUGUGUGAAAUAACCUAGUGUAUUGUAAUAACUGGGUAAUCAGACCAAGCUGUUAAUAGCAUUGUCUUUCUGUCAUAUACCCUGUGAAGUGUGAUUUGUUGUAAAGUUUUAAUUUAAUAUUGAUUUCUUGUUUUUUUUGUAGCUGGCCUACGUGAUUAUUGAAUUAAUUUAUUACGAAUGACUGGUUAGGUUUCAGGCAGCUUAAGAAAUGUCACGAUCCAUGAUUCCUCUUGGGAAGUAUUAUCAAAAGGAAGCACAAUGAACAGGGGAGAGGACAGUAUUUGUAUGGGAGGACAAGGCAUCGGCAUCAUUUUGUUUCUUUGUGACUCAGCAGGGGACCAUUUAGAUCACGGUGUACUGAUUUGACAGACUUAAGUUACCAAUGUCAAGCAUUCCUAAGGUUUUUUUUUUUAAUUUGUUUCUCUACAAAGGCUAUAAGGAAUCACCAGUACAACCAAAAGCUGUUGCAGCAGAGUAAAUAAGACCUUACGGCUGGAGGCAUGUGUGAUGCUGAUUUCUGCACUUCUGCAGAGAUCCCUUCUCUGUUUUAAUUUUAACCCAAAUGCCAGACUUCUGGGUUUUGGUGGAAUUGUUUCCAACUGUAGACAUCAUGUUGCCUCGUCCAAUGUUUCAAACAUGUUUUUUUUUUGUUACUCUCAUCUCUAACUCCCUUUCCUGUCGAAUGGCAUUACGAUCAACCAAUCCUGUCAGUUUCCUGUAUAAUCCAGUGUACAGUGCAUUUGGUAUCUGGGAGAAUAAAAUCAGAGCAAACAACUGCAUGGAAUAAAUGCUGAUGUACUGUACCCAA